AUGACUCGUCCAAAGGAUCAAAUUCCUUUGAAUUCUGAGCCACUAGAAGGAAGCACGGUGAACAGGGAAUCGUACAAAGGCGGCACUGGUGAACGAUUCACGUUGGCUCGUCCAAAGGAUCAGAUUCCUUUGAAUACUGAGCCACUAGAAGGAAGCACGGUGAACAGGGAAUCGUACAAAGGCGGCACUGGUGAACGAUUCACGUUGGCUCGUCCAAAAGAUCAGAUUGACAGGAACACCGAUCCUCUGGAUGGGAGCACAAUAAACAGGGAAUCGUACAAAGGCGGCACUGGUGAACGAUUCACGUUGGCUCGUCCAAAAGAUCAGAUUGACAGGAACACCGAUCCUCUGGAUGGGAGCACAAUAAACAGGGAAUCGUACAAAGGCGGCACUGGUGAACGAUUCACGUUGGCUCGUCCAAAAGAUCAGAUUGACAGGAACACCGAUCCUCUGGAUGGGAGCACAAUAAACAGAGAAUCGUUCAAGGGAGGAACUGGUGAGCGCUUCUCGAUGACUCGUCCAAAGGAUCAGAUUCCUUUGAAUACUGAGCCACUAGAAGGAAGCACGGUGAACAGGGAAUCGUACAAAGGCGGCACUGGUGAACGAUUCACGUUGGCUCGUCCAAAAGAUCAGAUUGACAGGAACACCGAUCCUCUGGAUGGGAGCACAAUAAACAGAGAAUCGUUCAAGGGAGGAACUGGUGAGCGCUUCUCGAUGACUCGUCCAAAGGAUCAAAUUCCUUUGAAUUCUGAGCCACUAGAAGGAAGCACGGUGAACAGGGAAUCGUACAAAGGCGGCACUGGUGAACGAUUCACGUUGGCUCGUCCAAAAGAUCAGAUUGACAGGAACACCGAUCCUCUGGAUGGGAGCACAAUAAACAGAGAAUCGUUCAAGGGAGGAACUGGUGAGCGCUUCUCGAUGACUCGUCCAAAGGAUCAAAUUCCUUUGAAUUCUGAGCCACUAGAAGGAAGCACGGUGAACAGGGAAUCGUACAAAGGCGGCACUGGUGAACGAUUCACGUUGGCUCGUCCAAAAGAUCAGAUUGACAGGAACACCGAUCCUCUGGAUGGGAGCACAAUAAACAGAGAAUCGUUCAAGGGAGGAACUGGUGAGCGCUUCUCGAUGACUCGUCCAAAGGAUCAGAUUCCUUUGAAUACUGAGCCACUGGAUGGGAGCACAAUAAACAGAGAAUCGUUCAAGGGAGGAACUGGUGAACGAUUCACGUUGGCUCGUCCAAAAGAUCAGAUUGACAGGAACACCGAUCCUCUGGAUGGGAGCACAAUAAACAGAGAAUCGUUCAAGGGAGGAACUGGUGAACGAUUCACGUUGGCUCGUCCAAAAGAUCAGAUUGACAGGAACACCGAUCCUCUGGAUGGGAGCACAAUAAACAGAGAAUCGUUCAAGGGAGGAACUGGUGAGCGCUUCUCGAUGACUCGUCCAAAGGAUCAAAUUCCUUUGAAUUCUGAGCCACUAGAAGGAAGCACGGUGAACAGGGAAUCGUACAAAGGCGGCACUGGUGAACGAUUCACGUUGGCUCGUCCAAAAGAUCAGAUUGACAGGAACACCGAUCCUCUGGAUGGGAGCACAAUAAACAGAGAAUCGUUCAAGGGAGGAACUGGUGAACGCUCUCUAAUUAUUCGCCCUCAGGACAGCUUCCAACCUUUUCAGCAAGAGCCCUAUCGUUUCGCAGGUGUUUCACAAACGAGGGACGAUUUCAAAUACACUGCUCCCAAGCCUUGUCCUGCUGCCAGGAUUGUAUCCUCCAAAAGAAGAACGCUCGAGCACAACAACUUCUAUUAG